AUGAAUGACCAAGUCUCGUAUGACGAUCACUGGAACAGCCUUGACGAUGACAACGACAACAAUCAUGAUGACGACUUUACCCCUCCUUCAUACCCACACAGAUACGAACACACACCACCUACAUCAUCCCCCUCUACCAUACUCGUCACCCCUCACUCGCUCAUUCCUCCCGACCCAUCCCUGUCCCUGAUACCCAACUCAUUCGCCUCGUACAUCGAGUUCAACCGGACGUUCCCCUCCUCAUGGCCCAUCACAUCGUUGGAUGAUAUCUGCGACAUGUUGAGGGCGGCGCACAGAGUGUCGAGGUUGGCAGAAGAAAAAUUGAUCAAUGCUUUGAUCGUUCUGGAGAUGAAGAGGUUUAUUUCGGUCAAGGAUGUGGAUGUUGAGGUUACGGCGAUGACUGAUGCGGAUUUACAUCGAUGGAGAUGUGGUGGGGGUGGUGGUGGUGGUGGUGGUGGGGUUGGACAAGGUCAUGAUGAUGAAGAACUACAAGGGGGAGUUGAAUGGGGACAAACGGCCAUACAGAGAAACAUAAGAAAGUUAAGGUAUGAUCAUGGUAGUUUGGUACGUAAAGAAACCCAAAAUCAACCUCUUGACCCAACCCCCAGUACACCCUCCGUCAGCGCCCUGACCACCGCAACUUCCCGUCGUACAGAAUCGAUUCAUAACGGAUUUGACAAACCGGAUUUCAUUUAUUUCGGUCAGAGUAAACGCAAUCUAACCUCGUCUUCAAUACCUAUCAAUCUCAAUCCUUUACCUAGGUCCGGACCGUUUACCCCUCUUGCAUCAAAUUCCACCGGUCUGUCGGGGUUGGAUUAUGAUCCUUCCUUGCCUUCUAAAUCUACUUCUGUGAUACCUAGCUCCGGAUCCCCUAGUCGAACGUCAUCUCAAGUUAUCGAGAGCGAAGUUAAGGGCAAGGGGAAGAAGAAAAGGAAAGGGAAAAGUGGAUCAUCUAUUCGUUCAUUGGAAAACGUUGAUCCUUUCAUCCCGACAAAACCUAAAACAGACGACGACUCUCCUUCAUCCAACAAGGAAAAAGCGGACGACCCACCCAAGGGGAAAAAAACCAAAAGCAAAACUCAUCAUUCGGACAACCUCCAUAUCAUCAGUAUAGUCGGUGAAAGGAAAGAUGAUCCUCGAUACAUACUCGAAGGUCUACCCCAAACCAUCGUUCAUCUGAAAAGUGCUUUUCAAGCAUUUGGUACUUACAUGGCGUUUUAUAUGUACCAAGGGACUUAUAUGAGGAUGAUGAUGCUUGAUCAAGGUGUUCUGGUCAUCGAGUCUAAUCAGACUAUUCGACGUGUCGUUUCGGAUCAUUUGGGUUUACCGAAUUUGAAACCACAUGCAGAGAAUCUAGAAACGGAUAGAAGAUAUACUCAAAGUGAUCAUGACAUGUUGAAUCAACAAAACCAAAGUGACAAUGACACGUUGGAACAACAAGAUCAGAGUCAAUGUGAUGAUCACUAUGAUCAAAAUAAUGAUAACGAUAAUUAUAACUCGAGAGGUAUCCUCACUUUGAAACUCUCAACUUUACUCGCUCUCCCACCUCAUAUACUUAUUCAAAUGUUCCCACAUUCCAUUCACCUCGAAGACUAUACCCCGAGUCAAGAUGGUGCUCAACCGCUUUGGGAUCUUUUGGGACAUGCCAUGACGGUCGUUUUGGGACAUGGGGUUGAGUGUGGGAGGAUUCAAGUGCCGAGGGCUUGGAGAGGGUUGGUUAGUGGUUGGACAGCUACCGCUGCACAGGCGGUAGAUGCUAUGCCUACCCCUACGUUGGGUGGGGCGGUAGAUGGGGUGGAGAGGGUGGAUGACGUGUCCAGGGUGGAUGCCACUGAUCGAGAUAGGAGAGAUGAGUUACAUGAUGACUCUGUCGUGGGAACAAGUCGGGGAACAGGAGGGGCAAGCACAGGGGGUAGAGGAUGGACGGACACAGCUCUGCAAACCAAAGUUGACGAUGAACAAGAUCAAUUCCUAGCCGCUGCUCUUUUCCCAAAAGUUGAAAAGGGGUUGAAGAGGAAGAUAGACGGCGAUACCACGGCUGGUUCAGGCGGCGACCCAGGUGGAGCAGGAGCAGGAGGUGAUGCAGGAGCAGGAACAAGUGGCGAUGGAGGGAGACAAGAAGAUGGAACAAGAAGGGACGGAACAAGACAAGAUCCCUUCAACGACAAUCUGGACUUUUACGAUAUAGACGUUCAGCGCUCUGGUUACCCAUCAGACCACGUCGAAUCUACUGGUUCACUACCACACCAGGAUCAUAUGGAUGAUCAAGAGGAUAAUGAAGAGAAUCGUAAUGAUCACGAAGAGGAUGAUGGAGAUUCAUUUGUGGAUGAUGAAAUGAGCAUGAGCGAUUAUUCCACCUCUUCCUCUUCUUCUUCUUCCGACCAUGAUCAAGGUCCAGAUGAUGGGGGUGGGGGUGGAGUUAUAUCAGACGAUACACCGGAAAUGAAAUGGCAAGAUGCACAUACUGAAUGGUGUCGUCCUAUGGGUGAACAACUUACUUCAUUAUAUCUCCCCCCAACCGAACAUCAUCAAUACCUCAUUGAUUCCCUCACUCCCCCUCUAUCUAAACACACCAAAGUUUUAAUGCUGGAUGUAUGGCAGUACGAUACUUUGUUACGUGUGGCCGAUAAGGAAGUCUGGGAUAGGGUCAAAGGUCGGUUCGGUUCGAAUUUGACUUCUCCUUCAACUUCAACUUCUACCUCUUCCACGGAUCUGUAUCACCGUGAUCAUCUUUGGGAUCUACUCGGUUCGACCGAUUCGGGUUCGAAUGGGAGUUUGGGAAUCAAGUCUGGUCGAGGUUAG